AAGUUGUGUUAAAAUGUUGUUGCUAUAAGGUAGAUACAAACACAUAAAAAUACGGUCGGAAAAACGUUUUCUAAUAAUUAAAAGACCCACUUAAAAGCACCUGUGGCAUAAAGGUGCCUUUCAUGUUAUAAAUUAUAUCCACUCUGCGGGUCAGCAAAUAAAUUGUUACAGGAAAACAAAAGCCGUACAAGAAAACACGCAUGUUACAAAUUACUCUGUCAUUUUAUAUUGCUUCUUAGAACGAGCUUAAUGUGUUGCGAGUGUAUUAAUGGACCGUUUGCACGAAUUUCAAAGUUACAAAUCUAACAGUCCGAUUUGGUACGUCUUCAGCUAAUCAUGAUAAUUAAAACAAAUCGAGUAUUUAAUCUCGCCCCUAAAUUUCUAGAUAAUCGCUCACGGUUAGGAGAGAAAAGUACGUCACCCAUCAUUUCUCUAUCGUCAGCGCUGCCUAGCUUAAUAAUAAAUAUCAAUUUAUUAUCUUUCUUCGCGCGCUCGUUCGAGACAGGGCAGGAGUAUAAAUACGACAGCAGACCUGACAAAGUAAUUCAAACGUAAGAAACUUCAGUGAGAGGAAGAAUCGAGCAAACAAAAUGUCGAUUAUGAAGUUUUUGUUCUUAGGAAUUUCAGUGAUGCUCUUGUUAAAUUUUGCAACAGCUUUAAGGUGCUUUACAUGCAACAAUGUGAGAACAAACCGGGAAUGCUGGAGACGACAACGAUGUCCAAGAAGUUCCAACGGUUGCCAGAACAUUGUCCGUUUGGAAAAUGGACAGCUUCGUAUUAGUAAAGGAUGCCAGCAGCUAUCUGCAUGCAGAUCAACAAGCAGACAAAAUACCCGACUGUGCCAACCCACAGUGGCCCGAGUGUUGCAGUUAACAAGCAUUCCACGAGACUUCAACGCCCCCCCAAGUUUGUGUACAACAUGCUGUAGCACCGAUUCUUGCAAUCGAAAUCCAUACUUGCAAGAACAAAGUCGUCUUGGAAUGAGAAAUCCAAGAGAUCGUAUUCGCUGGCGACCUGCCCAGCCACCAAUUCGAGACGUCAACGUUUUGUCUUUGUCUCCAGAUACAGCUCUGCUGACGUUUUCAGACAUUAAGAACCACUCAGCCGAGUUCUUCAACAUUGUUCUUAUCCCUCGGAAAGCGGUCCGUCUUACCCCAGUUUUAGUGAGCGGUGGAAGCUUACCAGGGAUCAGACUCAACCGUCGUUUACCUUCUGGAACGAUCGCUUUUCUUGUUCGAGGUCUUUCAGCAGGAACGCAAUACCGAUUGAGCGUUAUCUCUCGUAUAUACUCUGCACUCUACGCUCAAAAAGUUUACCAUUCAUUCGUUACCAAACCACGUCGGCCAAGAACUCUCACCCAAGUUGCUACUUCAAUAAAUUCGGUUCGUGUCCGAGUUGGUUAUGCCCAACCUGGGAACGGGAACAAGCUGGAUUACUACGUACUAAGCUAUAGGAGAGCUUCGGACCCCCCAUCUGCCGAACGCCGACUCCCAUACUUCACACAACCGGGUUUUAAACUUAUACCAGAUCUUGACCCUUCAACCGAAUAUUUACUGUCAACAUGGACCGUGGUUAUGAAGCGUGGACGAGUUGUGUCAAGAUCACAGAAGGUUAAUCUCACCGUGCAUACAGAUGUUCCUGGUGUUGCUGAAGCGUUCAUGUCUGAUUUACAUGCAACUAAUAUUACAUGGACCUUCCGUGUCCCUUAUGGUGUAAGCAGAGCUUCACAAGAGAUGUUUAAAGUGAAAGUACGAGAUGAUACCAUGAGACGAGUUGUUGCAGAAACCACAAUUUCCCCUGACCAAAGAUCCUUUACCGCUGUCGGACUUACACCACAGAGGAGUUACACAUUCAGUGUUAAAGCAAGCACAGCCGGGCGGGAUUCAGUCACAAGUUACGUGGCCCCGGUCACAACACUCGUACGAUGCUAUAGUUGUUUCGAUGCUUCAUCACGUGACCAGUGCAUGGACUACGUUGAAUGCCAACCAGGCUCAAGUGGUUGCUUGAACGAAAUUCGAAGGCGAACACCGAACUCAGCGUUUGGUUUAUCCCGACCAAGCAUGUACCGAGCGACGCUCAAAUGCAAGCAAGUAAACGCUUGCAACGUCGGCGAACUCCAGGAUUUGUCGCAGCAGUGCAACCCGGCAAGUGGACGAAGGGACAACCCACCCAAAGUAUGCAGAUGUUGUUGUGAGGGAGAUUUAUGCAACGGUCCAGGAACCAACUGCGGUCAUUUAUUGGGCUGGUUGGAUCCACUUCGUGAUCCUGCACCAGCUACACCACCUAUGCCAGUUUUUUGCCCCGAUCGAAGCAGUUUAAGGAACGGUUUGGUAACUUGCACACAAGGCGCAGAAGUUGGAUCGACAUGUAGUUUCUCUUGCAACCCUGGUACUUACAUGGUCGGUGUGGGAUCCACCACUUGUUUUGCUGGUGGACAGUGGAGUGGUGAUGCACCAACUUGCGUGAGACUGGACCCUUGCCCAGUGAUACCAGAGAGAGAAGGAAUGACAACUUCAUGUACCAACUUAAACCAAGCACACUCCACAUGCCGGUUUAACUGCAUACCAGGCUUCUUGUUAGCUGGUGCUCCAGUACUCAGGUGCUCAACUACUGCGACAUGGGAUCGAUCCUUCCCAGUGUGCAUACAAGCAGAUGACUGUAGACCCAACCCAUGCCAAAACAACGCGGUUUGUCGAGAUUUGACCAACGACUUCGAAUGUGAAUGCGUUGCUGGAUUUACCGGCAAACGAUGCGACCAAGAAGUAAUUUGCGAACCUCUUGCUGUCCCUGACCAUGGAGUAUUACAAUGCACCAAUGGCUCGAACUACCAAUCUAGAUGUCGAUAUGCAUGUGAGGAAGGAUAUGAACAACAUGGUUCAACCUAUACAAGGUGUAUGCCGGACGGAUACUGGUCAUCGUUCGAGCCGACACUGUGUGUUACCAAAAAUUGUCCUGUCCCGCCUCAAAUAUUGGUCAACGGUGGUCGAACCAACUGCACAGGUUACAGAUACGGGGAUAAUUGUACCUUUACCUGCCCGAACGGUUUAGUAAUCGCUGGUGGACCUACACAGAUGACUUGCCAAUCCGAUUCGACCUGGUCUUCUCAGCCGCCAUGUUGCGACCUUAAGUGCCCACCUCAUGCGCUUGUCGACCUGAUGUUCCUCCUUGACUCUUCCUCUUCUGUUGGACGAUCAAACUGGAAUCUUCUCAUCAACUUCACAGUUGCUUUGUUGGAUAAAUUCGUGAUCAGUCCUGACGACAUGCGAGUAGGCGUGGCAAGGUUCAAUCGUCACUUCGACCGAGAUAGCGAAAUUCUUAUCGGCAAUUAUUCCAAUAUUAGUGAACUGAGACAAAAACUACGUCGAAUGCCUUACAGAGGAAGAGGCACAUUGACUGGUAACGCGUUAUGGCACAUGAACAACCACAGUCUACACGCCCCAGGUAACCGACCUGGUGUUCCUGAUGUCAUUGUAGUGAUCACUGAUGGUUUGGCAUCUGAUGAAGUGCUCAGAGCUGCGAACGCACUCAAGGAACAAGAUGUAAAGAUGUACGUGGUCGGACUGAUUAACAGAAUGAACCGAAUGAAUUUAGCCCAACUUCAAGAUAUUUCUUCCGGCACCGAAUAUUUACAAAUUAUCGAUAACGGUUAUGAAAGGCUGGCAGAUGAACUUAGUGACACUUUAACACAGGAUGUAUGUUGGUUGCCUUGCCAGUUUAAAUAUCAGCAAAGAGAAAUCAUUUUACGAAACCGACAACGAGCUGCAAUGAAGCAAGAUCGAGAGGACGAAGAUUUCUGGGCGAGAGUUGAUGCAACUGGAAGCAUAGAAGAGGCUGUGGCACAAACUCGUGCUCCCAGGGGGGGGAAGGAUCAGGAGAGCCCGUUGCUCCUCCGGAGGUGCCGGGAAUAGAAAGAGCAACACUGGAUGAGUCGAAUCCAAGACCUGGGGCGGACGGUCCGGUUCGAAAAAACGGUUAAGUUAGAAAACUUUUUCACUUUUACUUUUGAAGCGGCGUUUACUAAACAGCUUAACCGAAAUUAAAUCUUAAAACUCUCACGUAUAAAACAGCAUACCUGUUAUGUGAACGUCGCUUUGUCCCACGACCUGAAUGCCUCGCUUUGUAUAUUUGGUAAAGAUGUUCCAGUGUUCUAUUUAACAUUAACUGUAUAUUUUGUAUUUUCGACUGUUAACACAGUGAUGCCACGUUUAUGUUCCGUUUUAUUCAAUAUUUCGCUUCAACUGCAUAUUUUGUCUUUUCUUGCAUGUUUCCUUUCAGCGUAUGUAGUAAAUAGUAAGGUAGGAUUUUUCUUUUUCUUUUGCUUAUGUGUUAUAGUUCCACCGUAUAAAAAAUCGUCGAAACAGUGUCAAAAAUAAAAGCAUAAAUGGUACGA